UCAUUGUCAAUUCCAGUUAUUUUCAUGACAGCUGGAGAAAAUCGUAAUAGAUUGAUAUUUAAAUACAAUUAGAAUAUUGGAAAUUGUAACUUAAUAAUACUUUAAAAAUGUCGGCCGUGCGUCUAGGUGGAAGACUAAAGGAGCUAAGGAUUCAUUUGUGUCAGACAAGCCCGCAGUCCGCUGGAGUCAGGGAAUUCAUCCAAAAAUGUUAUGUGAACAUAAAAAAGACAAAUCCUAACUUUCCAAUUUUGAUUCGUGAAUGCAAAGGAGUUCAACCUCGCAUUUGGGCUAGAUACGAAAAGGGUGAAGAGCGCAGCACUCCUUUAACAAAUAUGAAGGCAGAUGAUGUUCUCAAUGAAGUGCAAAAAUUAGCUAAAUGAUUUGUUUUGUUUUAAUCUAAUUAUUUUAAUAUUAUAGUAUUUAGAAAACUU